AUGGAUAAGUACGAGGCGGUUAAGGAUUUGGGUUCUGGCAAUUUUGGGGUUGCUAGGCUUAUGAGAAACAAAGUUACAAAGGAACUUGUCGCCAUGAAAUACAUCGAGCGUGGUUCCAAGAUUGAUGAGAACGUGGCCAGGGAGAUCAUGAAUCAUAGGUCUCUUCGGCAUCCCAAUAUAAUUCGAUUCAAGGAGGUGAUUUUGACUCCAACACAUUUAGCAAUAGUUAUGGAGUAUGCAGCUGGAGGAGAGCUUUUUGAGAGGAUAUGUAAUGCUGGAAGGUUCAGCGAAGAUGAGGCCAGGUAUUUCUUUCAGCAGCUGAUCUCAGGUGUCCAUUUCUGUCAUACCAUGCAAAUAUGCCAUAGAGAUCUGAAGCUAGAGAAUACCCUUUUAGAUGGAAGUCCUGCACCUCGCUUAAAAAUUUGUGACUUCGGUUAUUCCAAGUCAUCUUUGCUCCAUUCACGUCCCAAAUCAACGGUUGGAACACCGGCGUAUAUAGCACCAGAGGUUCUUUCUAGGAGGGAGUAUGAUGGAAAGAUGGCUGAUGUAUGGUCAUGUGGGGUGACUCUUUAUGUAAUGCUGGUCGGAGCAUAUCCGUUUGAGGACCAGGAUGACCCUAAAAAUUUUAGGAAAACAAUUCAGCGUAUAAUGGCCAUUCAAUACAGAAUUCCUGAUUAUGUUCACAUAUCUCAAGAUUGCAGACACCUUAUCUCUCGGAUAUUUGUUGCAAAUCCAUUGAGGCGAAUUAAUAUUAGGGAAAUCAAGAGCCACCCAUGGUUUUUAAAGAAUCUUCCAAGGGAGCUAACAGAAUCAGCUCAAGCUAUGUACUACCAGAGGGAAAAUCCAAGCUUUCACUUACAAAGCGUGGAUGAUGUGAUGAAAAUCGUGGGAGAGGCAAGAAACCCGCCUCCAAUAUCUAGGCCCAUCAAAGGUUUUGGCUGGGAAGGUGAAGAAGAUUUGGAAGCAGAAGAUUUGGAAGCAGAAUUGGAGGAAGAGGAAGUCGAAGAAGAUGAGUACGAUAAGAGGGUCAAAGAGGUUCAUGCAAGUGGAGAAUUCCAUAUCAGUUAA